AUGGAUCACUGGGAGAAUAGGAAAUUUAGGAAAUAUUUAAUAUACAUAAUUAUAACAUCCUGUAUACUUAUAACAUGGAAAGUUCUCUCUAAUGAUACUGGUAAAUCUUAUACAAGUGAGAUAAUCGAUUGUUCAAGAUACCUUCAGGAAAAGCUACACUUAACACCCUUACAAAAAAUGUGGCUCACAAAAUUAGAUGAUAUACCAAUUAUUUAUGCUAUUACACCAACUUAUGCUAGGCACGUCCAAAAGGCCGAGUUAACUAGAAUAUCCCAAACGUUGAUGUUAGUCCCCAAUGUACAUUGGAUAGUCGUAGAAGAUUCCGAAGAUAAAACUAGUCUUGUUAGUAAUUUAAUAGCAGAUAGUGGAUUGAAAGUCACCCAUUUGGUAGCAAAAACUCCUCCAUUUGAAAAAUUACAAGCUAAAGAUCCUCGAUGGAAACGUCACAGAGGAGUUGAACAAAGAAACAAAGCUCUGCUUUGGUUAAGAAGUAAUCUUCAACUAAAUACAGAUAAGGGCUAUGUGUAUUUCAUGGAUGAUGAUAAUGUGUACAGUAUUAAAGUUUUUUCAGAGAUCAUGAAAAUCAAAAAAGUUGGUGUAUGGCCUGUAGGUUUAGUGGGCGGUUUGAAUGUAGAGACUCCAAUUUUGGACCCCGAAACAGGUAAAGUGAAGGCUUAUAAAAGUGGCUGGAAGCCGAAUCGGCCUUUUGCUAUAGACAUGGCCGGUUUCGCCAUAAACUUGGAUUUAAUUCUUGAAAAAACGGACGCAAAUUUUUCGUAUAAAAUGGAAAAAGGUUUUCAAGAAAGUCAGUUUCUAAGUUAUUUCACCAAAAAGGAAGAUUUGGAGCCCUUGGCUGAUAACUGUACCAAAGUGUAUGUUUGGCAUACCAGAAGUGAAAAACCACUGGUGAAUGGAGUAGUUGUAGGCUACGAAGUUUGA